GUCGUGUACAUAUUUUCUCUCAUUCUUUGAACUUACCUGUGUUUUGCUUGUACUGUAGCUAGCUUCAGCAACUGCAUUGCCUCUAUUGUUGUCUUCUGUCUCUUGUACAAAGCUUGCUGCUGGGCAAAAUCCUCGAUAUAUAUUUAUUUUUCAAGCAUCACGAGAUUCCACCAUGGCCUCCUCAUCCCCUAAAAUCGCCUUCCUAGGCCUUGGCGCCAUGGGCUUCGGCAUGGCCACCAACCUCAUCAAACUCUCCCACCCAGUAACCGGUUUCGACGUUUGGAAACCCACCCUCGAACGCUUCUCCGCAGCUGGCGGCUCAACAGCUACCACUCCCCGGGAAUGCGUACGAGAUGCUCCGUACGUGGUGUUCAUGGUCGCGACCGCGGCUCAGAUCAUGAGCGCUCUGUUCGAAGGCCCUGAUGCGGCAGUGCAUGAGUUGAAAGAGGGGGUGAGUUUGAUGCUAUGCAGUACAGGACCGCCUGAGUAUGUGCCGUUGAUUCAGGGGAAGUUGAAGGAGUUGGGCAGAGGUGAUGUGUUGGUUGUUGAUGCGCCUGUGUCUGGGGGCACGAUUCGAGCUGCUAAUGGAACCCUUUCCAUAUUUGCUGCGGGAGAAGAGAAAGCUGUCGAGGCAGCGAAACCGAUAUUGAAUGAUAUGGCGGGUAGUAAUCUCUGGUUGAUACCCGGUGGGUUGGGAGCAGGGACGAAUGUUAAGAUGGUUCAUCAAGUGUUGGCUGGUAUCCACAUCGCGAUGACGAGCGAAGCGAUGGGGUUUGUAGGGAAGCUGGGAUUACCGAGUAAGAAGGCUUUCGAGCUGCUGAAAGCCGGAGAGGGCAGUAGCUGGAUGUUUGAGAAUAGGACGCCACACCUGUUGGUUGAGGAUAAGACAAUUUAUUCUGCCCUGAACAUCAUCGUCAAGGAUAUUGGAAUUGUAACAGCAGGCGGACGCUCAGCCCAUUUCCCACUCUUCCUCUCCUCAACCACAGAACAAAUCCUCGCCAGCGGAGUAGGCGCUGGACUCGGCCUCGUCGAUGAUGCAAACCUAGUCGGUGUCUAUCUCCCUCAAGACCCAACCGCAAUCCUCAAAUUGGCCUCUCUACCAGAACCGCUUGCAGCAGAUAACGCAGAGUUAAGACUCGUAGAAAAAGCAAUGGCAGGCGUCCAUCUAGCUGCAGCAGCAGAAGCUAUGUGUCUAGCUGCCAAAGUAGGAUUAGAUGCCAAAACGAUGUUUGAGAUCAUUAGUACAGCAGCAGGAGCGAGCAAAAUGUUUGUGAAGAAGGCUCCUUUGUGGUUGAGUGGAGAGUGGAAGAGUGGGAAGACUGUUGACGAUGUUAUUGCUGAGUUGACCGAAGCAAUUGAAGAGGCGAAUCGCCUAAAAUAUCCUCUCCAUCUUGCGGGGACAGCAUUACAGUUAUUUGAGCUAGCUUCAAUGAAGGGGCAGGGAAAGGAGCCGGAUGUGGCGAUUGUGAGAAUUUGGGACGGUCCGAAUGGGCCGCUAUACCCUAGGGAAAGUUCUUAGAGGGGUCAUAUUCGAAAAAUAAAUCGAACCAUUAUCGCAAUUCACAAGUCGAC